GUGCCAGCUGUUCUAUUCUCCCUCCUUUCGAUUUCAAAUCUCUCUUUGACCUUCUCCUCAUUCGCUCGCUCUCUAAAUCUAUGCAGAUCAGCCCAAGUCUUCCGGCGCAGCACCUCCACCUAGUUCAGGUCAGACGCAGCAGCUUCAGAUGCCAGCAAUCUCCGUUAAAUCCUUUAACGAAACCCAGUUCGGCGGCGACUCAAUCUCUGAAGUCGGUUACUUCAACUGAGUUUACUAAGAAACACCUUUCCAAUCUUGAAAAACUUCUUCAGAAACAGUCUGUUCCGGAGACUAACCUUGCUGAACCUUUACAACCGGUUCAUAAAGUUUCUGAUGGGAACAAUAAUCACAAUAAUAAUAGAUCUAUAUUGGCAAUCAAAGGCAAAGCUUUAUUUGAAAGCCUCAACUUGGCUAGGAUGUGGCCUGAAAUGAAAGCUGGUGAAGAAAUGUCCCCCAGACAUCUAAACAGGCUUCAACGCUUGUUGUCCAAAACGGCGGAGUAUUCUCCCAGGAAUAAUCUCGGUUCUCGGUGGAGAGAGUAUCAUGGAAGUAACGAUUGGGCCGGACUUCUUGACCCGCUGGAUGAGAAUCUCCGGCGCGAGGUGGUGAGGUAUGGAGAACUCGUGCAAGCAGCGUAUCAUGCUUUCCAUUCGAAUCCCGCCAUGUCAACAGAGGAGGCACCGUUGCCUAGACACGUGACUUUGCCUGACAGAUCAUAUAAGGUAACAAAGAGUCUAUACGCUACAUCCUCCGUGGGUUUGCCCAAAUGGGUAGAUGAUGUAGCACCGGAUCUCAGUUGGAUGACCCAGAGAUCCAGCUGGGUCGGGUACGUGGCGGUAUGUGACGACAAAAGGGAGAUACAGAGGAUGGGAAGGAGGGACAUAGUGAUCGCAUUACGUGGGACAGCCACGUGUCUUGAAUGGGCUGAGAACAUGAGAGCCAAUUUAGUGGAUAUGCCAACAAACCAUGACGCGACCCACGGACAAGCCAAGGUGGAAUGUGGAUUCUUGAGCCUAUACAAGACCAGGGGAGCCCAUGUGCCGAGCCUAGCCGAAUCAGUGGUUCAAGAGGUAAAAAGGCUCGUUGAACGGUACAAGGGUGAGACCCUAAGCAUCACAGUCACAGGCCACAGCCUCGGAGCAGCCUUGGCCCUAUUAGUAGCAGACGAUUUGAGCACCAUACAAGCGUCUGAAAUCCCGCCGAUUGCAGUAUUUUCCUUCGGGGGACCUAGAGUUGGAAAUAGAGGAUUUGCGAACCAAAUCAAAGGCAACAACGUUAAGGUGUUGCGAAUUGUGAACGAUCAAGAUGUUAUAACCAAGGUUCCUGGAUUGCCGGUAGUUGAAGAACUUAACGACAACUUGCCAAUGGCAUAUUCACACGUGGGAACAGAGCUUCGGGUGGAUACAAAAAUGUCUCCCUAUCUAAAGCCAAAUGCUGAUGUGGCGUGCUGUCAUGAUUUGGAGGCGUAUCUGCAUUUGGUUGAUGGGUUUUUGGCUUCUAAUUGUCCUUUCAGAUCAAAUGCAAAGAGGAGUUUAGUGAAGUUGCUGAAUGAUCAAGGGUCUAACGUCAAGAAAUUGUAUAUAAGCAAAGCUCAUGCUUUGAGCUUGAAUCUUGAUAGGUCGGGAUUCUCACCUUCUGGUUGUUUGCCCAGCCCAUCUCAAUAAAACCUUUUUCUCCUUUUUGUAUGAGAUUAAGUGUCAAUUAAAAAAUCAAAUGAAAAUAGACUUUUGAUAUAAUUUUCAAGUUGUUUUUUUAU